AUGAAACGAGUUGCAUUGUCUGCAUUGGCUGCGGCCGGAUAUGUUGCUGCUCAAGCUCCCGCGUACGCCCAGUGCGGUGGUCAGGGUUGGACUGGCGCAACAACUUGCGUCUCUGGAUUUACCUGCACCGUCUCAAACCAAUGGUACUCGCAAUGUCUUCCCGGCACUGCUUCACCCUCUUCUACCACCAGUGCCCCGACCUCGACUCCUACAUCUGGCACUGGGGUAUGCAGUGGCGCCACACGCACAAAGUUCAAGUACUUUGGUGUAAACCAGUCUUGUGCGGAGUUUGGUGAGGGUAAAUGGCCUGGUGUCUUGAACACCGACUACAUUUGGCCCGCAACUAGCUCUAUCGAUUAUUUCUUGGGAAAAGGGAUGAACACUUUCCGUGUUGCCUUUACCAUGGAGCGCAUCUCUCCUCUUGCUAGUGGACUCACUGGAGCAUUCGACGCUACUUACCUAGGUGACUUGAAAAAGACAGUUUCCUACAUUACUGGAAAGGGUGGCUACGCUGUCAUUGACCCCCACAACUUUAUGCGCUAUAAUCACAACAUUAUCACUUCCACAUCUGAUUUUCAGACAUGGUGGAAGAACCUUGCGGCCGAGUUCAAAGAUGACAAGAACGUCAUAUUUGACUUGCAGAACGAACCAUGGGGAAUAGAUGCCUCGGCUGUCGCUCAGCUGAUGCAAGCCGGAAUCAAUGGUGUUCGUUCUGCAGGUGCUACCAGCCAACUCAUCCUUGUCGAAGGGACUUCCUGGACUGGAGCCAUGGACGUCGGCUCUGGAAACGGCGAUGCUUUCAAGAACCUGACGGAUCCCAACAACAACUUUGCCAUCGAGAUGCACCAAUACCUUGAUACCGAUGGCUCUGGUGCCACCGGAAACGGGGUCUGUGUUUCCUCUACUAUUAUGACCGAGCGUAUUGCUUCUGCGACCCAAUGGCUCAAGGACAACAACCUCAAGGGCUUCCUUGGAGAGCUCGGAGGCGGUUCGAACGAUGUUUGCAUCAAUGCCAUCAAGGGAGGAUUGUGCGCUAUGCAAGAGUCGGGUGUGUGGAUUGGCGCUCUCUGGUGGGCUGCCGGUCCGUGGUGGGGCGACUACUUCCAAUCGAUCGAGCCUCCAAACAGCCCUGCUGUCGCGAGAAUUCUCCCCGAAGCGCUCUUGCCUUUCCUCUAA